CCAGCUUCUUCCUAGUGAUCCUCUCGUACUCCUUAAUUGCCUCGGGGAACAACGCCUCCCAAGAAUCGUCCGACGGGGGCAAGCACAAUUUGGUCUGAGAGUUUGCCAUCGGUGAGGAGAGCAAGGGGGUUGUGUGGGAGUGGCGCGAAAUACAGCGACAGCCUCACACCGCAUUCAUCAGAGGCAGAAGCUCAUCAUAGCGCCAAACUCGCGUCCCUGUCAAACCAGCACCCCGUGGACGAUCUCGCGUGAGAACCGCAUCAAUGUCCGUUGUGAGAGAGCCCCCAAGUACGGUCCGCAAGAUUGACCCCGCGCCAACCGCCAACAGAUCCCAUGCUCUCAGAAGCGAACGCCCUGCAGCUCUAUGCCGCACUUGUGGAGGGGGGAGGGGGGAGUUCCUGCGCACUGCGAGAGGUAGAAGUUGCGCAUGCGACGAGAGACAUCGUAGCAUCGACAGCCGGUCGAGCUCAUUGAGAACAUGACGGGCUAAGCACUGGGUCGAGACGAGAUCCUGGCGACUUGUUGUCCGCAGAAACUCUGCCGUGUGUGCUGUCACCCUGGAUCAAGGCAGUCAGAAUUAUAUGAUUCGCAUGGAAGGAACAUGCCACGAUCA